UUUUGUCUGUUACGCUUUUAACCAGUUUUAGUCUUUUUUAGAUUGUGAUUUGUUUAAUAUCUUUGUUUAAUUAUUAUCAUUUAGCUAAUUAUGGAGAGUAUCAAGUUUAUUAUUAGCGAGUUGAAUAAAGAGCCAUUCAAGAAAAAUUUAAACCUGGUUACUUAUGAUAAUCUUACAGGUGAACAAAGGAUUCAAAUUUUGUUUGACAUCUUUCAUGUUAUUGAUGAAACGAUUACCUCAGAUAUUCUAGAGAUUUCCGAUGGUGAAGAGGUUGUUAUCAAAAUAAUGGAAAUGCUCCGUAUUCUUAAGUAUACUCCACCAUCUAAUAUUGAACCGAGCUUAUUCCGGCAAAAUUUAAUUUCCGGUGAAAGGAAUACGUAUACUCACAUUUUCAACUACCUGUUAAGUAAACUGACUGAGCUUAAACAACGAGCUUAUUUGGCACGAUUUUUAGUUAAAAUUGAGGUUUCCCCGGACGUGGAAGGAGACCAAGAUAUUGUUCAAUUGUACGAACAGUAUGAACAGCUGAUUGAAAAUUUCAAAAUGGUCCACAGCAUGAAUCAGAAUUUGAAGAAGAGUUUAAGCUCAAUUCAAGAGUUACAACGCGAUAUUAAAUCAAUGGAAGAUGAAAAGGAAACGAUCCAGGAGAAAUUGUUGGCCAUCAAACGAAAGGUUGAUAUUAAUCGGGAUCCUGCCUUUUUCCGUUUGGUUCAAACUUAUCGAGAGGAGAAAGAAAAGAAUGACAAUCUUUCAAGACAAAUACGUUCACAGACUAUUGAAUUGGAAUCUAUUAAUGAAAAGAUGAGUAAGCUAAAGGUUCGAUUGAAGACAGCUCAGAUGCAACGUCAAAUGGGUGUUACACCUCAAGAUAUUCUGGAAAAAUUGGAAGAAGAAGUUGAAGCUAAACAACGUUUGGUCAAGGAAAUCUUACCUCAGGAGUUAGCCUCUAUAGAACGUUAUAUAUCAGACAUUCAAGAGAUACAAUCACAACCAGAAGUGUUACCGAAUUUUCUUGAGAAAAUUAAAAGUAAAAUUCAAACUUUAAAUCGAGAGAUCAAUGAAACAAUUGAAAAGAAAAUGUUGACUAACGAUGACGCUGAUGAUGAAAAACUAGCGCUUGUACGACAAAGUGCAGCUCUUGUGUCCAAAAAACGUUCCAAUUUACAAGAAACCGUUAAGGAAGCUGAAUAUGAAUUGGAGGAACUCAAUAAGAAGCUAGAGGAAAAAAAGCAAAUGUUUGAUGGAGAAGAGAUACUGAAAGGAGAAGAGUUGAAAAAAUUUGUAAAUGAUGUCCGUAACAAAGGAAACGAUUACAAACAAAAAAGACGAGAAUUGGCAGAAAUUCGUACAGAAUCGGCCAUUUUAACAAGAACUGACGAGAUUUUAAAGGAAAAAUGGACACGAUUGCGUCAAAUAGUCAAGAUAGAAAAGGAUAUCGCAAAUGAGGAGGAGGUGAGAAAUGAUCUGAGGAUAAGGAUGAAAGAAUUACAAGAUAACGAGAACAAUGCUAAGAAACAAUCAAAAAUGUGGCAGGAUCUGAAAGAAUUGAUGAGAGUUAAAAAUGAGUGCUUUGAAAGGCGAAAAGAGCUGAUUCUUCAUCCAUCACAAGAAAAAAAGGACCAUCUUAUUCUGUAA